AUGAUCUCAUCAACAUUCCUCUGCCCAAUGGGCGUUUUGCUAGCAGGCGCGUCGCGUGCCUUGGCUUUCGACCGCAUUAGCAUACCGACCACGGUCAAGGCUGACACCGACGUCGAAGUCACCAUACAGAACGACAUCGCAUCCGGUAGCAAGUCUUUCGACGCCGGUUUUACCAACUACAACCUCUACCUCUCAACCACUCCACCGGGAUGGGGCACCGGCCCCGUGUGCGUCCUCGCCAACGGGACAAAGAUUGACGUCACCUCCGUGAAGGUGAAAAUCCCCGCCGACGCGAUCCCUGACGGUUCCGACUUCAAGAUCACCGCGAUGGAGUGGAACUCGGAUCCGACCAAGGACGGGCCCUCGGGCUUCGAAUACAGCAAUGACUUUUCCUUCUCGGGCGGUACGGGACAAUGGGGCAAGACGGAGCUCGGAGGGUCCACGCUGGGCGACAUGGAUCGCAUCCCGUGCACGGCGUACGCGUGCGCGCGCAACUGCAAUGACAAGUAUUUUGACGAGAGGAACACGACGAGCGAGGAUCCUAGUGUCUACAAAAACACAUACGAAUGCGUCGCCGCAUGUCCCGGCACAACUUUCCCGUCCUGGGAUUCAAUCAUCAACGAUAACGGGGGUGGGCAGGGCUCAGGCUCCAGUGCGGGGCCCUCGGGAAGCGCUUCGGCAACGGCAACGAGAUCCGGUGCGUUGGCGACAGCCUCAACGUCUCCGACAGGGUCUACUUCUACUCCGAUAUCAGCCCAAAGUAGCAGCUCGCCUUCUCAGACACCUAAUGGUGUCGCCUCGGUCACUGCCAAGGCCUCUGGGCUUGUCUUUGCUGGCUUGGCCAUCGCGUUUAGCUUUCUCUAG